AUGAAUAAUGACGAUAUCCCUGACGACUCGUUGCCUAGCUACCAAGAUGUUUUAAAUGAAGACAAGCUUACAGGCCAGGGCUCUCAGUCUCAAAGCUCGUCCAGACCGCCCCAGCCUCAAAGCUCGUCCAGACCGCCCCAGCCUCAAAGCUCGUCCAGACCGCCCCAGCCUCAAAGCUCGUCCAGACCGCCCCAGCAUCCCAACAGACCAGCGCAUUUAUCUGGUCAUUCAAAUCCCAGCAAACCAGGAAAAACUACUCACAGCUCAUCGAAACCAGCGAAGCCAUCGAAUGGAAGCUCAUCGUCGCAGCAACAACCACCAAGUCAACCGACAUCAAAACUGCCUUGGGUGUACCCGCCUGGUUACUACUGCCAAAAAUGUUGCAACACAGGUUUCAAACUGAAAAAUGGCAAGUCUUGCAAAACCUGUUGGAGAAAGUUUUCACGUCAAAACAACGUUUCAUCACCUCUGACUACACAAGGUUACUACACAAACCAUUAUCAGAGGCCGGUCAUCACACCAACCGCACCGAAGCCACUGAUUGUCCGCCCUGGUGACCCACGACUAGGAGGUGUUAUUUGUGGGAAUUGCAGAGGCACAGGAAGAAUCAGAUUCUUCCUCGACUCAGACCUAUGUCAUCUGUGUGGAGGUGUUGGCAGGAUCAUCCAGCCUAACUCGAAUGCCCACGUGACCUUUUAA